CCCGGGCGGGCGCGCAACUUAUAGCCCGGUGCGCGGUGGCCCGGCGCAGUCUGCUCCCGCAGCCUCUGCUCUAGCAGCACGACGGAGGCGCUGCUGAGACCCAGAGCAGACGCCAGGCGGCCGUCCGCACUCACGCCGCAGCUUCGCUCCCUCCCUCCCCCAGCGCACUGCCCGCCUUCCUCGGCCGCGCGGCCGCCGCAGGCUCACUCUCCCCUGGCUAGGCGAGCGCCGGCAGACGCUUGGCCCGGCCGGGGCGCCAGGUCCGCUGCUGCAGAUCCGGAGGCCGAGGCGAGCUGCCUGCCAGAACCAACCCGGGAGCCACUACCCCCCGGCGCUAUCGCCUCUCCACCGGCACUCCUUUCUCCCUGGUGAUCGCCACCUUUUCCUGGGACCGAGACGCCCUCCAUUGACUCCCUGCGGGUAACCGAGGCAAGAACCCUAGCUGGUUGUGUGAGGAGGCCAGUCGCCUACUGCUGAGUUGAAACAAAAUGUCAGUCAGCGUGCAUGAGAACCGCAAGUCCAGGGCCAGCAGCGGCUCCAUCAAUAUCUACCUGUUUCAUAAGUCUUCCUAUGCCGACAGUGUCCUCACUCACUUGAACCUUCUGCGACAGCAGCGGCUCUUCACGGACGUCCUUCUCCAUGCGGGAAACAGGACCUUCCCUUGCCAUCGGGCAGUGCUGGCUGCGUGCAGCCGCUACUUUGAAGCCAUGUUCAGUGGUGGCCUGAAAGAGAGCCAGGACAGCGAAGUCAACUUCGACAAUUCCAUUCACCCAGAAGUCUUAGAGCUGCUUCUCGACUAUGCCUACUCCUCCCGGGUCAUCAUCAAUGAAGAAAAUGCCGAGUCGCUCCUGGAAGCUGGCGAUAUGCUGGAGUUCCAGGACAUCCGAGAUGCAUGUGCAGAAUUUCUGGAAAAGAACCUACAUCCCACCAACUGCCUGGGUAUGCUGCUGCUGUCCGACGCCCACCAGUGCACCAAGCUGUAUGAACUCUCCUGGAGAAUGUGUCUCAGCAAUUUCCAGACCAUCCGGAAGAACGAAGAUUUCCUCCAGCUGCCCCAGGACAUGGUUGUGCAGCUCCUGUCCAGUGAAGAGCUGGAGACGGAAGACGAAAGGCUUGUGUAUGAGUCUGCCAUGAACUGGAUUAGCUAUGACCUGAAGAAGCGCUACUGCUACCUCCCUGAACUGUUGCAGACCGUGAGGCUGGCCCUCCUUCCUGCCAUCUAUCUCAUGGAGAACGUAGCCAUGGAGGAACUCAUCACCAAGCAGAGGAAGAGUAAGGAGAUUGUGGAAGAGGCCAUCCGGUGCAAGCUGAAAAUCUUGCAGAACGACGGCGUGGUGACCAGCCUCUGCGCCCGCCCUCGGAAAACUGGCCACGCCCUCUUCCUCCUAGGAGGACAGACUUUCAUGUGUGACAAACUGUACUUGGUAGACCAGAAGGCUAAAGAAAUCAUUCCCAAGGCCGACAUCCCCAGUCCUAGGAAAGAGUUCAGUGCGUGCGCAAUUGGCUGCAAAGUGUACAUUACCGGGGGACGGGGAUCCGAAAAUGGAGUCUCAAAAGAUGUCUGGGUUUAUGAUACCCUGCACGAGGAGUGGUCCAAGGCUGCCCCCAUGCUGGUGGCCAGGUUCGGUCAUGGGUCUGCUGAACUGAAGCACUGCCUGUAUGUGGUUGGUGGGCACACAGCUGCCACUGGCUGCCUCCCAGCCUCCCCCUCAGUCUCUCUAAAGCAAGUAGAACAUUACGACCCCACGACCAACAAAUGGACCAUGGUUGCCCCGCUCCGAGAAGGCGUCAGCAAUGCUGCUGUCGUGAGCGCCAAACUCAAGCUGUUUGCUUUUGGAGGUACCAGCGUAAGUCAUGACAAGCUCCCCAAAGUUCAGUGUUAUGAUCAGUGUGAGAACAGGUGGACGGUACCGGCCACCUGUCCCCAGCCCUGGCGUUACACAGCGGCAGCUGUGCUGGGGAACCAGAUCUUUAUUAUGGGCGGCGAUACCGAGUUCUCUGCCUGCUCUGCUUACAAAUUCAAUAGUGAGACUUACCAGUGGACCAAGGUGGGCGAUGUGACAGCCAAGCGCAUGAGCUGCCACGCCGUGGCCUCCGGGAACAAGCUGUAUGUGGUGGGAGGCUACUUUGGCAUCCAGCGCUGCAAGACUUUGGACUGUUACGAUCCGACUUUAGAUGUGUGGAAUAGCAUAACCACUGUCCCGUACUCCCUCAUCCCCACCGCGUUCGUCAGCACCUGGAAACAUCUGCCUUCUUAACGCACAGCGUCCUAGAGGAAGCACGCAUGAGCUCACUCUGGAUGCAUGGUGAGAUGAUAUGAGGUUUCUGCUUUGGAGAAGCCCGAGUUUUAAUGAAGAGAAAGAAAAACAGGAGAAGUUGCUACAAGACUCCUCGAAUACCAUCGGCUGCACCUUGUGAACGCUCUUUUAAGUGGACAUGAAGGAAGGGGUGGGGGAGGGGGGUGGGAUUUUUUUUUUUCCGAUGCAAGUAGCACAUGGUUUAAAUAUGAAUGACAGAACUUGUGAUCUAGUCCUUGUCUGGUAAUUGUGGAUUAAUGUCAGCGUUAAUCAGCCCCUCAAAGGGAGAGAAAAGCUGGGCUUUUCCCUUGCUGUAGCUCAUUCAGCGUUUGAUUUCCAUGGCCCCACCAUUUAUGUGCAAGAUUUGAAAUGGUUGUCAGCUUCCUCUGAGGACGGGGCUUGAAGCCUCCGUGCCAGCUGCUGCUGGAGACGCAAAGCCAAGCAUGGGUCAGGAGGGAAGCUGGCCUGGCUGACUGAAGAAUGGGAACCCCAGGACUUUCCACUCAUCUCAAAAGGGGUUACGGUCCCCCCAGGAACGCCUCUGAACAAUGGGGACAUUGUUGGUAGCCGUUUGGUAGAUGCUCCUCGCUAUUUAUAGGUGACUUUAACCCUUCUCUUGGCUGUUAAGAAAUGUGUUGUAGAUUUAGCUAUUUAUUGUUUGCGGCCUGCAUGCUGGAACAGAGCUUCCGUUGUCUUCACGUGGAUGGGCGUGUGUGGAUGGUCGUAUGUUUUGCACAUUUUGUGGUUUUUGAUGUGCUUUGCUGCACAAAGAGAAAAAAGAAAAAAAAAAAAACUUUGGGGCUAUAAUUUGGAGGCUAAGUAGAGGGUGGGGGGGUGCAUUUUUGAAAUGUCGGGACACAGACAGAUUCCGAGAUGGAAACUCAAAUUACAUCCCAGAGACAGAGAAUCCACAAAGUCACCGUAACUAGACCACCCUUUACUGAGGUUUCACGGUCACACUGGUGGCAGGUCUCACAAGAGCAGGAUAUUCGUCUGUCCUUCCUCCUGUCUGAUUUACCCAACUUUGGUCUUGGCUGCUGACACUUGGAAAGGACCAAAUUACUUUAUAGUAUUCCCCCCAUUUGUGUGCUACCCUGAAACCCUGGGGAGAGUCUGCAGACCAGUUCUGUAUAUAGGGCACAGGUGAAGACAUUGCCCAAAGUUUGUUUAUUUAUUUAUCUAUUUAUUUACUCUAGGUGAAUAACACCACCAGUGGGGGACAAACUAAAGUGUAUCGGAUGUAAAUAAACUCACCUCUUUGCUUCCCCUUUGCAGGGGCUCUUGGACAUUGAUUUACAAAGUACUCUUAUUUUCCCAGUUUGAUACAAUGUACGCUUUGGUGUUCAUCCUUGGAUACUUAGGUACAUAGAAGGGACAUUUGGUCACCCAGUACCAAGGAGUGUAAAGGGUGGCCUGUGAAGAGGCCUUCCGCUUCUGUUGGGAUCACUUGUGAAUACGUCCUGUGCUCCUCCAAAUGCUUGUUUACUAAAUGUGCAGUGGUAGGUAUUAGUGCUAGACUGCCCUGGGCCCUUCUCCAGGUGUCUGGGGAAGAGCAGAACUUGCAACUAACUCUGCCUGUUUUGAUCCCUAUUCCUCACAGUGCUGUAUUAAAAAAAAAAAAAAAUUAGGAUUUAAGACAGAUAAACUGCCUUUACAUUGUGAGUGUUUGCCUUGUCUAAUGACAGAUAAUUCCAUAACAUUUCUCUCCACCUUAGUACUUUAGGCUAAUUGUACAUGUCUGUUUGUGCCAUGAGUAAGUGGACUGCGAUAGGACCAAAAUAAAACAAAUAAGCCGUUGGAAUGAGAGCUUCGCAGACCAUUCCGGCAUCAGUUCCUGGUCCCCAGAUGUGUUCUAAGCAGUGUAAGUGUCUGAUUGAACCCUGGUGGCAUGGUCAGUGUCCUCCCUGUAGCUGUCCCAGCUCCCUAGUUUACGAUGCAAAUCUGUCUCAAGAUCUGCGCUGCUGCUGCUUCUGAGAGGAUUUUCUGCAGCUGUUUCAAAGCUGUGGCCCAUCCUUGAGUCUUCUAUUAAUUACUGUGUGAGCCAGAGGGAGCUACACCGCAAGGGUGGGCCCCCACUGGCAGGGGAAACUCUUCUAGACUCCCGCUCUUUUAAUUGAUGUAGGCGUUUGGGCUUGCUACUUGACCGUUCUCACCCUGUGAAACGUCCCCCACUUUGAAGCAAAUACAAUUCACAGCGCAGUACACACAAAAACCCUGGCGCAAGACAGGGGAGGUUCUUCUUAGUUUGUGAGCUGGUUGCCGUAGAAACGGAUAACAAAGGGCGGCCUUCCACUUCUGGUAUAAUGGUGGAGCCCCUUUUCUCAGGCUUGACACCUGUCUGAAUAAGAGUGAUUAGAGCCGCAUAAUAUCCCUCUUUUGCCUGUUGAAAAUGUGGUUCAUGUACCAAACUCAGUAGAAGUUAGGAAAAUGUUCGUGUUUGUGUGUUCUUGUUUGCUACUACUACAUUUUUUUGAGGUUUUGUAAAACUGUUAUUUUUUUUUCACGAUGUGAAACUGAAGGUCAAUAAAUUAUUAGAGAUUUUCUCUUCA